UUUCAAUAUUUAUUUAUUCUGAUUUUUUUAAUUUAUUAUUUUUAGCUAUUAAUUCAGCACGAGGUAUCGGAUGUAAAGUAAUUAAUAUUCAUGUUGAAAAUAUAUCACGAGGAAUACCGCAUCUUAUUUUGGGUUUAUUAUGGCAAAUUAUUCGAGUAUAUUUUAUAUAAAAGUAUGAUUAUAUUGUUGUUUCUACAAUAUUCUCAUUUAUUUUAUAGGCUGGUUUAACAUAUGAUAUUAAUUUAAUUAAUGUACCUGGUCUAUUACAAUUGUUACGUGACGGUGAAACACCUGAAGAUUUAUUAAAAUUAUCUCCGGAAGAUCUUCUAUUAAGAUGGGUUAAUUAUCAUUUAAAACGAUCAAGUUAUAAAGGAAAAGAAGUUACGAAUUUUAGCAAUGAUAUAAAGAAUUCAGAAGCCUAUGUUUAUCUUUUGCAACAAAUUGCACCAGCGAAUACAAAUCCAGCAUUAUCAUUGAGUCCAUUGCAGGAAAAUGAUCUUCGAUCUCGUGCUGAACUAAUGUUAAAAGAAGCGGAUAAGAUAAAAGCACGUGCAUUUAUAUCUCCAAACGAUGUGGUUAAGGGAAAUCCAAAAUUAAAUUUUGCAUUUGUUGCAAAUUUAUUUAAUUCAUAUCCUGCAUUAGACGUACCAGUCGACCGUCCUGUAGACGAAAUUAUUGUACAGGAAACACGUGAAGAAAAAACUUAUCGAAAUUGGAUUAAUUCAAUGGAAUUAAGAGAUACAUCAUUUGUUAAUUAUUUAUAUUCUGAUCUAUCCGAUGGUCUAAUUAUACUAAAAUUAUACGAUGAAAUUCGUCCAGACACAGUUGAUUGGAAAAAAAUUUAUGAAAAAUUUCAGACUAUAAAAGAACAUUUUCAAAAAUUAAAUAAUUGUAAUUUUGCCGUUGAAUUGGGUAAAGAGCCGAUGCGUUUAAAACUAACGGGUAUUGGUGGUGCAGAUUUAUUGGAUAGUAAUAAAACAUUAACAUUGGGUCUUGUUUGGCAAAUAAUGCGUGCUUACACAUUAUCAUUAUUAACAAAAUUAGCUGGUGCAAAUACGCCUAUAGCCGAUCGUGAAAUUAUCGAUUGGGCAAAUAAUAAAUUAAAAAGUGCUAAUAAAACAAGAUUUUUAAAAAGUUUUCAAGAUCCUGAUUUAGUCGAUGCCAAACUAAUAUGUGAUCUUAUAGAUGCUAUUAAACCAGGAUCAAUUCAAUAUAAUUUAUUAAAAAAUGAUUCAAUGGAAAAUGCGCGCUACUGUAUUUCUAUAGCACGAAAGAUAGGUGCACGUGUAUAUGCAUUGCCCGAGGAUAUUGUUGAAGGAAAACAAAAAAUGAUUAUGACAAUCUUUGCUACAUUGAUGACGAGAGAUUUACAGGGUCGAUAA